AAUGUAUGCAAGUGCAAACUGAACCACCACAUCUUUCCUAUAAAAAAAAAAAAAACCACCACAUCAGCCUUCCUCGGCCGGCAAGAUCGAUAGCAAUUCCGGCCAAAUCAAAAUGAAGCAUUUCAGCCACCCACACCCACUAGAAUUAUCAGAAAUCGUAGGAGACGAAAACGAUGAAGAAGUGAUCUGCUCCGGCUGUGAGGAGAAUCUCAAACCAGGAGAAGAAUUCUACUCCUGCAUCAAAAAAUCCGAAGAAGAAUGCCAAUUUUCCCUUCACAAAUCUUGUUCUGAAAAAAUCCCUGAAAAAUUCCGGCACAAAUCCCACCCUGAACACGAACUCAUCCUAAUCCCUGAACCUGACGUUUACUCCAAUAUUUACGGCUGCAAUGCCUGUGGGGAAAAGUUCAUUGGGUUCAACUACACGUGUACUGAAUGUUACGGCAUUUACACGCACCCCAAGUGUGCGUUUAUGCCGGAAAUUGUGAAGCGUGAUGAUCACGAACAUUCUCUCUGGCUGUAUUACUCGUCCCCUUUGCCGGAGGACGAUCAUGACACGAGCUUGGAUUGUCACGUUUGUCAAGAAUAUGUUCCCAGGGAUAGCUGGAAUUAUUACUGUGCGGAAGAUGGUUUCGGAACGCAUUUUGCUUGUAUCAAUGCCGAAGCAAUUGUUCCUACUGUUGAAGAAGAAGAAGAAGGAGGAGGAGGAGAAGAACUACAAGAAGAAGAAGAAGUACAAGAAGAAGAAGAAGAAGUACAAGAAGAAGGAGGAGGAGAAGAAGGAGAAGUAGAAGAAGAAGGAGAAGAAGAAGAAAGUAUAGAGGCAAUGCAAUAUGCACUCCAGAAUAGACAGGCCAUUCUUGAUUUCCAGGCGAAUAUGAGUCAGAUGAAUGCAAGGUUCAUGACAAUGCUAGCCAGCAACCCCUGGUGAUUUUGAUUUCCAAUUCCAAAACUGCCGACCUAGGUGGUGAUUCUAUGGUGUUUUUAUGGUCUUUUCACUCCUUUUUUUUUUUCUUUCUAAUUUUCCCUUCUAAUGUAUUACCUUAUUUUGGAAUAUUCAUGUCAUACAAUGUUAUGUGUUAAUUGUAUGAAGUUAUAUGCGUAAAAUUGUACAAUGUAAUUAUGUACUGGUUAUGUAUUGAAAUGAACGUUCAGUUUGAAAUUUUACUUCUGA